UGGGAUCUGUAGUACGUGACGGGGGGAUGCGGCCUGGCCUCGGGGCUGGGCCCGUCCCUAUGGCCGGGACCCCCGGUCCGGUCCCGCUUCGUGGGGAUGUGUUCCCGAGGGGACCCUCACCCCAUGCGGGGCACCAGGGAGGACACCCCGCGGUGCCCGUGCGAACAACAGCCGUGUCCCUGAGGAAAACAGUCCCUAUUAACGCUUGAGAAGCACCCAGGGACCCCGAACCCGUGGGCUUUCCCCUGUGGAGCAGCACGGGGUCCAAGCCGGUCUCAGUGUCCCAGCUCGGGUGCUGAGAUCUCUUAGAUCAAAGCUGUGGUGUCCGUUGUUUUCAGCAAGAGAGAGCAGGAAACCACCGUGCUACAGCUGCCACCCCUCGCUUCCUGCUCUGGGUACGUGUGUGGGAGAGCGAGAACCUCGUGUGAACCUAUUGCUGCCUGUGAGAGGGGACAAACUGCGGUGUAAACAACAGCUGCCACGCUGGAAGUGAAAGGUGCUGCUUGGGUUUGGUUGGCGUGAGAAGGCGGCUUCCACGGGUGUUUUAACAGCGACAGCAGCAAACCCUGCUCACCGGUAUGGGAAGCGAGGAGGCAGAGGAAGGGGGAGGCUGGAUUCUUCAAAGCAAAGAUGCCUGCAGAAGGAUCCUGCUUCAUCAUCAAAGGUGUGUGAGGAGCAGAAGUGUGAAGAAGAGGUCUUCCCCUUGGCCAUGAACUAUGUGGAUCGCUACCUGUCCUCAGUCCCUGUGCGCAAGAGCCACUUGCAGCUCCUGGGAGCAGUCUGCAUGCUCCUGGCCUCCAAGCUGCGUGAAACCAUGCCCCUGACCGUGGAGAAGCUCUGCAUCUACACAGACAACUCCAUCACGCCUCAGCAGCUCAUGGAUUGGGAGAUUCUGGUCCUGGAGAAGCUAAAGUGGGACCUGGUCUCAGUGAUCGCCAAUGAUUUCCUGGCUUACAUCCUCUAUCACAUCCCACUGCCAAAGGACAAGAUGGAGCUGGUGAAGAAACACGCACAGACCUUCGUCGCCCUGUGUGCUACAGACUACACUUUUGCCAUGUACCCCCCAUCCAUGAUCGCCACGGGCAGCAUUGGAGCCGCCAUCCACGGCCUCACGGUCUCUGUGAGCGACUUCAGCAGCGAGGCCAUGACUGAGCUCCUGGCCAGCAUCACCGGCACCGAGGUGGACUGCCUGAAAGCCUGUCAGGAGCAGAUCGAGGCAGCCUUAGCCGAGAGCCUGAAGCAGGCAUCCCAAACCCCGCAGGAGCUGCGCUCCAAGAGCACCGGCUACCAGGGCAGCCAUCCCACCGGCACACCGACGGACGUCACGGAUGUCAACCUGUGACCACAUCCCAGAGCCCAGCCCCGCUGCAUCGGGCCCUGCAUGCCCGAGGGUCGCUGCAUCCCUGCCCCUGCACUGCUGAGGAUGGGCUCCACUCGCGGGAUCUGUCGGAGAUGGAUGCUCGGUGCUGCAGGUAGCUGGGGUGAAGCGACUUGUUGGGUGAUGCCAGGGCCCAGGAAUUGUUGGGAAGGGGCAGCGGGAGCCACAGUGAUGUUGUUAAAGUGUUUCUCAGUUCAUGUUCCUGUUUGCCACCUCCCUGGGGGGGGUUCACUGUGAUGAAUUCCAGCCCUGUGUUUGCCAUCCAUCAUGGAGAGCCUCCGACCCUGGAUACCUGACCUGACUCCUUGUAGCCUUCAAGUCCCUCCCCAGGCUACAGCCCUGCAUGGCUUGAGGGAGAGAACUGAGGGCCUGGAGGAGGGAGCAGGGGCUCAGUGUCCCUUGGUCCCCAUUGCUUCAUGCCAGAGGGCUCUGGCUCUGGCUCUGGGGGGGUGGCAUGGCUGCUUCAGCUUGGAGGGCAAAACGUGGGGCUUGUUUCUUGUUGCCGUUAGGUUUGGGGUUUGGGGGGGGGUUUGUCUUGCUUGGAGAUGGCAGGAGCAAAGCCCUGGCCUUGGGCAGCAGCCUCAGGUGAGGUUUGCACCUGCUGAGGCUGCUUAAUUUAUUGUUAACUGCUGGGAAUGGGGAGGGAAGAGUUGGAGUUCCCUCUUGUAGGGCUUUGCUGCUCUCCUCUCCUUCCCCUUUGAGUGCCUUCACCCUUCAUCCCCUUCCCGAGCUCCCUGCGCACUGGGAGCAGCACUUGGAGGCCGGUUGGUGGUUUGGGUAGCUUAGAUCAGACUAGGGUUGAAGAACUACAUUUGCUGCUAUAGUCUGAGCUGCAUCUCCACACCUCGGGGCCGGGAGCUGAGUAAAUCCCACAGGGAUCCCAGUGGGAAGGUGGAGACUUUGCUGCGCACUUGAGAAGCGAUUCCUGCUUUUUGUGUGUAUUGUUGAUCCUGUCUGUUAGUUUGGAUAAAAGUGUUCCUAGAAAACAAGAAAACCCAGCAAAAACUAAUGCUGCUUUCCUAAGAGAGACGCCUUCAAGACUGGAAUUGUAUUGACCAGGAGAAGCCAGAGGCAGGCUGGUUGGUGCUGCUCCGUGGCCGAUGUCCCUUGGCGGAUGUGCAAAAGGAGGUAGAACUCUUCCUUUCUGGAUGCCACUAGAAACAAAGAGUCUUUUCCCAGGUGGGAAAUGGGCUGCCAUUCCUUGGGAUGAGGAGAACCAACUCCUGGGAGCGGGGGCCCGGAGCCUGUCUGUCCACAGAGAAAAUGUCCCUUUUUUAUACAUAUAUAUAUAUAAAUGAGUUUUAAUUUAAGAGUCAAGUGGGUUUGGUGUUCACCGGUGAGAUUCCCACUGCUGGGAACAUCAGAGGAGUGUCUGGGAUUUGCAAUAAAGUAUUUUAAACAAGUGU